AGGGAAAGGGGAAGGAAAAAAAAAAAAAGAGACGAGGACACAGACACACACAGAAGACUCCUCUUUUCUCGGUGCCUGCACUUAUGCCUGGUGGAGCUCGUUCCCAGCCGUCCUGCCAACCUGCUGCUGACCGCUGCCUGCACUGCCCCGGAGAAGCCGCAGCUCAGCCCCGCACCGGGGCCCUCGGGAAGGGGAGCCCCCCCCAGCGCUGCCGUUCCCCCCACCACGAAAAAGGGCCGCCGCGGGGUUGCCACCGCGCACCGAGCAAGGGCAGAGGAUGGCCUCAGCCCUCCCGCUGCUGCUGCUCUGGGUGUUUGCCCCCACGGUGGUCCCGGAGGUGUUUGGACCCGGAGAUGGUACAGAGGACCUCAAGGCUCUGCAGGUCUCCAUCCCACGCCACCCAGCCCUCGACGCCGUGCUGGCAGGCGAAAUCACCAUUCCCUGCCUCAUCACCUACCUCGGCCCCCAGCCCACUGCUGGCACAGCCGGCCGCCGGGCAGUCCUGGGAACCCCCCGGGUCAAGUGGACCUUCAUCUCUGAGGGCAGGGAGGUGGAGAUCUUGGUAGCCCGGGGGGACAGGGUGAAGGUGAGCGAGGACUAUCGCCUCCGUGCCUCCCUGCCUAUCUUCCACCAGCGCUACACCAACGCCUCUCUGCUGCUCACCGAGCUGCGGCCCAACGACUCGGGGAUCUACCGCUGCGACGUGCAGCACGGCAUCGAGGACGGCCACGAUAUCCUCGAUGUCAAAGUCAAAGGAGUGGUGUUUCACUACCGGGAGGGCUCCAUGCGCUAUGCCUACACCUUCGCCGAGGCGCUGGAAGCUUGCGCCAGGAUCGGUGCCCGCAUCGCCACCCCCGAGCAGCUGUAUGCUGCCUACCUCGGCGGCUACGAGCAGUGCGAUGCCGGCUGGAUUGCUGACCAGACUGUCAGGUACCCCAUCCACACACCCCGCGAGGCCUGCUAUGGAGACAUGAACGGCUUCCCCGGGGUGAGGAACUACGGGGUGGUGGACCCGGAGGACAUGUACGACGUGUACUGCUACGCCGAGGACCUCCCAGGGGAGAUCUUUUUGGAGACAGCCCCAGACAAAUUCACACUGGAGGAGGCGGCGGCACGUUGCCGGGCGCUGGGUGCGGAGCUGGCAAGCACGGGGCAGCUCUACGCAGCUUGGAGCGCAGGGCUGGAUGCCUGUAGUCCCGGCUGGCUGGCCGACGGCAGUGUCCGCUACCCCAUCGUCACCCCUCGAGAACGCUGCGGCGGGGCCCUGCCGGGUGUCAAAACCAUCUUCCUCUUCCGCAACCAGACGGGAUUCCCCGAUGCCCAGAGCAGAUACGAUGCGUACUGCUUUCGAGAAGGGACAAACUCUUUCCCUGAGGCUGCAGGAAAAUACCAAGCCAGAGAGCCCGAGGGCUUCCAGGAGAUUGUUACAGUGGCAGAAAAGCUGGAGGAGCUGCAGCUGCCCAAAGCGCAAGUGGAGAUUGAGUCACGAGGGGCUAUAUACGCCGUCCCUUUCUUUAAGGACACUGAGCUGGAAAAGCCGAGCCUGUCCCCCGAAGACGCACUUGGGCCAGGGGCCCGGCCCCCCCCGCUAGAUACCUCCGUGUCCUCAGGUCACCCAACCUCUUCCGCCCCUUUCCCUAUGGUCCCGGCCAUUCCCAAGGCAGGCAUCCUGCUUAGUUGUGGUGCAAAACCGGGGAGCUCAUCCCCUGCGGAGGAGGAUGGGGCGACAGGGACAGUUGGGCAGUGCACAGUGGCCGGGCAUGAGCCGUCCGGCACGGAGGAGGAACAGCGAGCAGCGCUGGGCAGGGACCCUGGCAGCAUAUCGGCAGAGAGCCUGGACGGAGGGCAAGACCGCAGCCAGCCCAUGGAGCCGGAUGAAGCUGCCAGCACGGAGAUACUCUCCAUGGCCCCACGGGUGGGCACAGAGGAACUCACCGGUACCCCAUCCCCUGCGGGGGCCACGGAAGGUGACAUGGAGCCUCCUGAGGGGUUUCCCCGGCCACCCAGUCCCACCGCCUCCACACACCGCCCCGACCGCCCGUGGGAUGCCAUGGGGCGUCCAGCCCACGCUGCCAGCCCUGGGGCACCCGGGCACCGGGUGACGUUGCCGACCAGUGCCACUUCUGCCACCUCAUCAGAUAGCCGAGAGUCUGGUGGGAUGUCCCCACGUGGCCACAAGUCCGGUGGCGUGAGUACCCCCAUCCCUGCCGCUGAAGACGCUGAGAUCUCGGGAGACGUGGUCGAAAGCCCCGGGGCGUCCCCGCUGCCCCCCGCGCCCUUGCAGCCACAAGAGGAGGGAGAAGAGCAGUCGGGGGCCCUGUGGCUCCCCUCGCCCACGACCCUGGGGGACGGGAGCACUGUCCCCACGGCGGAGGUGCCUGGCAGCAGCAGCGUGCCAGCCACGGGAGGUGAGGAGGCUGUGCCGCGACCCCCGAGCACUGACCGUGGGAUGCCUGCUGCAUCUUUGGAAGAGGAGGAGGAGGAGGAAGAUGAGGAAGACCAACCCGCUCCCUCUGUUGCAACCGUGGAGGGUUUCCUUGCAGCCGUUCCCGGAGAACCAGGUGACUGCGUCCCCAACCCCUGCCUGAACGGAGGGACCUGCAUGGAGGACAGUGCCCGCCUCGCCUGCCUGUGCCUGCCGGGCUAUGGAGGCAGCAGCUGUGAAAGACUGCUGGAGAAGUGCAGCCCCGGCUGGGAGAGCUUCCAGGGAGCCUGCUACAAGCACUUCUCCACCCGGAGGAGCUGGGAGGAUGCGGAGACCCAGUGCAGGCAUUACGGGGGACACCUGGCCACCAUUCUGACCCCCGAAGAGCAGGACUUCAUCAAUGACCAGUACAGGGAGUACCAGUGGAUUGGCUUGAACGACCGGACCAUUGAGGGGGAUUUCCAGUGGUCCGAUGGGAGCCCCUUGCUUUAUGAGAACUGGCACCCUGGGCAGCCCGACAGCUAUUUUCUCUCCGGGGAGAACUGCGUGGUCAUCGUGUGGCACGAUGGGGGCCAGUGGAGUGACGUGCCCUGCAACUACCACCUCUCCUACACCUGCAAAAUGGGGCUGGUACAGUGUGGGCCGCCCCCUGCCAUCAGCAACGCCCACGCCUUCGGCAAACCAAAGCAGCGCUACGAGAUCGGCUCCAUCACGCGGUACCAGUGCCGCCACGGCUUCAUCCCUCGUCGCUCACCCAUCAUCCGGUGCCAGGAGGAUGGGAUGUGGGAGCCGCCCCAGCUGACCUGCCACCCCGGCCUGGCUCAGCCCCCCGAUGACUGAGGGAGCCACCACCUCCCCAGGCCCUGGAGCCGGCGCGGAUGGGGACGUCACCGGGACACCAGCACAGAUCCUGGCAUGGCAUGACACCUUACUGUUGGGUGUCUGCCUCCUUGUUUGUUUUAUAUCUGUACAAAGAAAUCCUAAUAACUAAAGAUCCCCUCAAAAGGAACCGACAGUGACCCAAAAUGUAGCACAAAGGGUGUUUUGUUCCUGGAGUCACAACAGAGUCGAAAUCAAAGGGGGACCGCAGGCAGGUGAUGGCACUGAUGUGCCAGCAUCACCUCCGGCUGCUUUCUCCCACUUCUGGCCCAAGGAUCCUCAUCCUGAGACACGCUGAUGGGGCAUGACACAGGGACAUCCAAGCUGUGCUGCAGCUCAGCACCCGUUCCGGGGUGCAGGGGGGCUUUUGCACUUCCCAGGAAAGGCAGAAGCUACUGCCUCGGGCUCGGAGUGGGUACGUGUCGCCCAAACCCCCUCUCUGUGCUUCUGUGGGUAUUAAAACCAGUAAACCGA